AGUAGCUUUCUGACCGUUACGGCGAGCAUAAGGUCCAGACUCUGAAUAAGGAUUGCAAUAAGUAGCUGGAAGAGUGUUUAUGUGAAAAGUGAUAAAGUGAAGCCAGAUGCGGCUGCUCAUUGUCACCAUUCUCCUAAUUGCCGUGGCAACGGCUGAGCCAAAACGGAAGCGUCUCAGGAGCCCACAGGAUAGGCCACCUCCUGAACUUCCGCACUAUGACUACGAAUAUCCGGAUGAGUAUGAUAAUUACGAUGGCGGUACCGCGACGGCGACUCCAGUUCCUCCCCAGCCAAUCGUGACCCCUUUUUCAUGCCAACAUCAGGGAUCCCUAUAUCGAGAAGGUGAUACUUUCAAGGAUGGAUGCCGUGAUUGCCAAUGCUCUUUGGGGAAAAUUAAUUGUACAUCCGAAAGGUGUGCUGUUGAAGGUCCCAAAGGUGCUCCUGGUAGUCAGGGAGAUCCAGGAACACCCGGAAUUCCAGGUGAAACAGGUCAACCAGGACCUUCACCAGAUAUAACGACAUACACCCAACACUUAGCAGAAACUAUGGCUAGUGCCGAUAAGGGUCCAUCACCAGUUCUACCAUUUCAAUAUGUACAAGCACAAGUUGGGCCAGCGGGACAACGUGGACCUCAGGGUCCACAAGGUCCAUUAGGACCUCAGGGAUUUCAAGGAUCUCGCGGUGAAGUUGGUGAACCUGGGCCUCCAGGUCCUGUUGGUCCUCCUGGACCACGAGGCUUACCUGGUAUCCCAGGAAAAGAUGGUGCUAGUGGAGAUGAUGGUGAAGUUGGAGCUCCUGGAGCUGUGGGACCUCCAGGUCCUCGUGGUUUACCCGGUAUGCCUGGAUUGCCUGGAGUUAAAGGACAUCGUGGAUAUACAGGUGCAGACGGCGCUAAAGGUGAUAUUGGACUUCCUGGGGAAAAGGGUAUUGCAGGAGCUACAGGACCUAUGGGACCAAGUGGCCCAAUGGGCCCUAUGGGUCCAAGAGGAGAACGUGGCCGUGAAGGCCCACCAGGGCCUCCUGGUGUGCGCGGAAUUGAUGGUGUAGCAGGACCAGCAGGACAACCAGGUGCAAUAGGUAAACCAGGCCCACCCGGCUUCCCAGGUGCUCUUGGCAUAAAAGGAGAUCAAGGUGCACAGGGCCCUAAAGGAUCACAAGGAUUACAAGGCCCACGAGGUGAAUCAGGCCAUCCAGGACAUACAGGAGAGCCAGGUCCUCCAGGUUUGCCAGGAAAAGAUGGCUUGUCUGGUGAGAAAGGUGCAACUGGACAUGCUGGUCCAGCCGGUCCCCCAGGCUUUCCUGGUGCCAGAGGACAACCUGGUAUCGCUGGUCAGCCAGGUGAAGUUGGUCCACGAGGUACUCCCGGACAACCAGGGGAAAGAGGAACAAAAGGAGAUUCUGGAGUAAAGGGAGAAACAGGUCUGCCAGGUCCUCGAGGUAUUCCUGGGCCCCAAGGGAGUGAAGGUCCACGAGGAAAACGUGGAAUGCGUGGAGCAACAGGCCCUCAGGGACCUCAAGGAGAACGUGGAUCACCUGGAUUGGCAGGUUUGCCUGGGCCAGAUGGUGCUAUGGGACCAAAGGGUCAAGCUGGUGAUAGAGGAGCCGUGGGACCUAUUGGUCCUAAAGGAACAGCUGGAGAUACGGGACAACCAGGACCACAAGGUCUACAAGGUGCACGUGGAUUACCUGGCCGGAUAGGUAUGCAUGGAAAACCAGGAUCACCUGGUGAGCGCGGUAUUCCAGGUGCUGAUGGAAAACCAGGAGAACAAGGACCUCAAGGUUUGCAAGGUUUACCAGGACCUAUUGGAAUGCCAGGAGAUAAAGGAUUAACAGGAGAACCGGGAAAAGAUGGAGAACCGGGAGCUGUAGGUCCAACUGGUCCUAGGGGAGAUGCAGGGAAAGAAGGUUUGCCUGGUCCACCUGGCCAACCAGGUCCACCUGGACAUGAUGGAGAACGCGGAGCUUCUGGGCCAGCUGGUGCAAGAGGAUUUCAAGGGCUUCCUGGUCAACCAGGAACACCUGGAACUCCAGGAAAAGAUGGACAACCUGGCCCUGCAGGUCAGCAAGGACCAAUUGGCAUUACAGGUGCACGUGGUGAGAGAGGAUUUCCAGGAGAAAGAGGUCCUUUAGGACUACCUGGAGUUCCUGGAACACGCGGAGAAACAGGGCAAGCAGGACAAGAUGGGCUUCCAGGACCCCCUGGACCUGCAGGUUCAAAAGGUCAUCAAGGAGCUCCAGGGAUGGUUGGGUUGCCAGGACUUCGAGGUCUACCGGGUAUUGCUGGUGAAAAAGGAGAUCGUGGAGCACCAGGAAUACAAGGUUCCGAAGGGGCACAAGGGCGUCCCGGUGAAACGGGACCACAAGGCCCUGUCGGACCAGCAGGACCUCCAGGAGAACAAGCAGAACGCGGAGAGCCUGGCGCUCCUGGAACUCCAGGCGAGCGCGGAGCACCUGGAAAUAGCGGAGAAAGAGGCCCUCAAGGUACUCCAGGACCACCUGGUUUCCCAGGGCCUAUUGGAAUGGCUGGAGUAGCUGGGGCAAAGGGUGAUAGAGGUGUUGCAGGACCAAAAGGAGAUCAGGGAAAUCCAGGAAUCUCAGGUUCUCCUGGUGAGCCAGGUCUACCUGGUCCAACUGGUCUACCUGGAGCUAAAGGCGCGCGCGGUGAACAAGGUACACGUGGAGAGACAGGUUUAGCAGGUCUACCGGGACGUCCAGGAGAACCAGGACAAGCAGGGCAACCUGGAAAUCAAGGUCUUCCAGGAAUUGCAGGUCUUCCUGGAGUUAAAGGCAGUAUCGGCGAAAUGGGUCGCCCUGGAAAUCCAGGUCUCCCUGGACCCCCUGGAAUUACUGGUGCUGAUGGAUUAAAAGGAGAACCUGGUGCUAUGGGACCUACAGGACAUCCAGGACCUUCUGGACCACCCGGAAUUCAAGGAGAUCGUGGAAUGCCUGGACUACCAGGAGCCGUCGGCCCUGUGGGACCAAGAGGAUUAAGAGGUCCUACUGGUGAAUCAGGAACUCCAGGCAAAAUAGGUCCGGUAGGAGUUGCAGGACAACCAGGUGUGCCAGGACCGCAAGGACCUCCAGGUCUCCCGGGAGAAGUAGGACCCGAAGGUCGUCCUGGAAAAAUAGGACCACCAGGACUUGUUGGUAGAACAGGCGAUAAAGGACCGCAAGGUGUACCUGGGCAACAGGGUCCUUUGGGUCCUCCGGGAAUGCCAGGUGCUCCUGGUGUUGCUGGUGCUAAGGGGCUUACGGGUGAACGGGGUUCAGUAGGUCCUAUAGGACCUCAAGGAGCUGACGGCCCCCCAGGACCACGUGGGAAACCAGGUCCCCCUGGAAUAGAAGGACCUAAAGGAGAGCAUGGAGAUAACGGAAAACCAGGACCAAAAGGACAUCGAGGCUUUAGUGGCUUAGCAGGGCCACCUGGCCCUAGGGGCUCACCUGGUGAUAAGGGACCUCCUGGUAAUGAUGGACUUCCGGGUAAACCAGGAGAUGUGGGACUUCGUGGACUUCAGGGACGUGAUGGUCAACCAGGACAGCCAGGCAGCAUUGGGCCACCAGGAUUGAGAGGGGCUCCUGGAUCUGAUGGACGUCCUGGACCUCCAGGUUCUCCUGGACCACCAGGUCCACCAGGCCCAGUAUCAGAGCCACUGGGAUAUGAUACAGCUGCACUGGCGGCUCUUCUAAGUCAAAGCAAUACAAAAGGCCCUACGGAUAUGCAGGCUGAUGAGCCUACUCGUCAAUUUAUGGUGCGAGCCUAUGAACAUCUCAAAGCAUCUGUAGAAAAACUUAAAACUCCUACAGGGCAAAAAGAUGCACCUGCUCGUACAUGCCGUGAUUUAGCGGUGGCUCAACCAAAUCUACCUUCUGGUGAUUACUGGCUAGAUCCUAAUGCUGGUGAUACACGUGAUGCCAUUCUUGCGUAUUGUGACAUGAAAACACGUGAAACGUGUGUCAGAGCAGCUCCAGAGAAUUUCCCUGAAAUAUCAAUUAGUGGAGUUUCUUGGCUUUCUGAGGCUAAGGUGUCACCAUCUUAUAAGGCAGAUGGACAGCAAAUGACCUUCCUGCAACUGCUAUCAUCGAAUGCAAGUCAAAAUAUUACAGUUCACUGCAAAGGACGAUUGAGACGUAUUGCGUUGCUUGCCUGGAACGACGUUGAAAUUACUGCAAGGGGAAACCCGCGGUUACGGUAUGAUGUACUCGAGGAUGGAUGUGAGAAACCCGAUAUUAAUUCAUGGUCCCAGACAAAACUACGCUACAACACUACAAAGCCAACGAGACUACCAAUCGUCGAUGUGGGUCUUCGAGAUACCGAAGAAUCACCUGAACGCCUAGUACGCUUGCAAGUAGGGAAUGUUUGCUUCUCCUGAAAAAAAAAUUCAAAUUUUAUCAGCAGAAUACAUUAUUUUCGUGGGCGUUUUGUAUGUUUAUGCUCGAAAAAUAAAUAUUUGUACAUAAACAAGUAA